UGAUAGUUAUUUUGACAGUUUCUAGCAGUUAAAAACUGUCACAAAUUGCAUUACCCGCGUUUAACCGCCGGAUCUACGAUCGCGAAAAAUUAUUUGGGGUGGACAUUUUGUAAACGGUGGGAUUGAGCCCAAGAAAAUUCAAUAUUUGAUUUUGAAACCCCUCUCUCAAUUUAUGUUCGCCGUUCAGUCUCUCAGCCAUAGCCCUCGUUCUCUCUCUCAGUUCUCGAAAGCUCUCUUCAUUCUCUCAUAUUUCAGCGAAGUCGAUUCCGGCGAGCACAACCUGAACGACGGCAAGGUUAAUGUUGGGUGAGCUUUCUGGCUGGUGCUGAACUGGAAGCCGCUUUUUCCCGUUUCUCCGUUUCUUUUUCUAGGUUUCGUGUAUUAAAGGAAAGUAGCAGCAGCAACCCGGUUCAGGUGUUCCAAUGGCUGAACCGGAUGGUCUCAAAACCAUAUUAUCUCUUCCAUUUCUUAACAUUCUCCUAUUUAAUCGUUCGCAGCACCGCAACCCGUGAAGUGUGAAGAGAUAAUGAAGGCAGAGGCAAAAUGGCAGCAGCAACUUGUGCGGUUUCAUUCAGGAACAGCUUCGGUGUGAGUAAGCCCUCGGAUCUUGGGUUCGUCACCUCUCAGUUGAGCGGCCUCAGAAUCUUUAAAUUGCUACCCACACCCCUCACUCUCACUCCACCUCUCCCUAUCGUUGCCAGGAGAGUGUGUCCCUUCACGGGAAAGAAAUCAAACAGGGCCAACAAAGUAUCAUUUUCAAACCAUAAGACUAAGAAACUGCAGUUUGUGAACCUUCAGUACAAGAGAAUUUGGUGGGAAGCAGGGAAGCGCUAUGUAAAGCUUCGUUUGUCAACGAAAGCAUAUCCAUUGUACCUCACCUGUGUUGCUCAUGAAUCAAGUUCGGUAGCUUGGAAAAUAUUUAGUUUUUUCUGGAGUUGCUUUAAGUGGUUCUUCAGUGGUAUUGGGGAUUCAUGCGGAUUUGACAACUUCCCUAGGUUUGGUUUAACUCUAUUUAAGAACACUAUCAGAAGGAGUUGGAACUGUCUCAGCUGAAGGAACAGAUUGAGAAGGAAAAGGUAAAUGAGCAAUGUCUGGAAACUGGGACCACAAGAUGCGCGUGUAUAUAUUGCUUAGAUCCCACAUUGGCUGGGGGUCAAAGUAUGUCUUAUUUCAAAAAUCGUCCUUUGUUGAACUAGCUUUUAUGGUUUAGUUUGACCCAAUCCAUUCUCAAUUAUAUAUAUUUUUUGGUAUCAACUAUGUUAAUCGUUAGUUAGCAUCAAAAUAACAUUUCUCUGGGGCUUUGACACCUUUAGUUCACUAGGUAAAGAAAGAUUCUAAAUUCAUUAUGAUGGGCCUAAGAGUAAAUAUGAUACAACGACAGGAACAUGUGUGCAUGAAUGAGUGAUAGAGAGAGAUAGAAAGAUCGAGAGGUGACAUUAA